AUGACAAAAAUCCCAAUAAUUACACAAAAUUUUUCAUCACCCGAUGGCUUUAAUGAUACACCACUUAUGCUUUUACCACAAACAUCAACGUUACCAUUAUCUGAUAAAGAUCAAGAAGGUUUUGGCCAAUUAUUAUUACAUGAUUUACAUCGACAUCGACAAUCAUAUGUUCGAAGUUAUACAGCAUUUGAAACACUAAAAAAACGACAAGAUUUUAUUUUACGUCAAGAAAAUCUUCGUGCAUUACAAAAUGUUGACCAACGUAUAUCAACAAAACAAGAUCAAUAUAUAGAUCAAUCAUUUCAUUCAUAUGAACAAUGUUUUGUUAAAGUUAUUAAUGGAAAUUCCAUAACAAAUCGAAAUAUUCAAGAACAACAGAAGCGACCACAUACAGCUGCACCAUCAUUUGAUAAAUUUCAUAUUCAUCAACUUUCACAUAUCUCACCUACAACACAUGAUCAAUCACCAAUAAUACCAUUUCAACGUUACCAAAAAACUCAUCGACCACAAAUAACAUCAAAAUAUCGAAACAAUACAAGUAUUCAUCAUGUAGCACAAUCAUUUCAUGACGCAUUUCAGUCAUCAACUUUUACAAAUCAAAGCCAACCAUUUCUUUCGUUUACAGAAAGUUAUUUACAAAAAUAUGGUGAUCGAUCAUCAAAUAAACUUCAAAUAAAAACAUACAAUGAUGGAAUGGAAGAAAUUCAAGAAAGAAAACAUGAGGACGAAGACGAACAAAUACAAUCAAUAUUAGCUGAAUCUAAUCCUAAAAUAAAUCGAAAUAAAAAACAGACUACAAAAUCUAAAACACCAGAUUUACAACAUGUUCGACCAAAUGUAUCAUCACGUAAUACAAAUACACCUUCAUCAACACCACAAAUAGGUUUUAAUGAUGCAUUACGAGAUGGUUUGACAUUAGCAAAAGACGAUAAUGAUCUCAGUAGUAAAUUGUCAAUAAUCAAUGAAAAACGUCGUUCCUCUCAACAAUCAACAAGUCAAAUAAGUAAUAGUGAUAAUAGAAUAAAUAUAAAACGACCAAAAACAGCUAAGAAAAAGCAAGUUACUACUGAUUUAACAUCUGCAAAGAAAACAGAACUAGUAACAACUAAAACUACUGACAAUGAUCUACUUAAAACAGCAAUGAUUGUUCAAAAUUAUGGAAGUAAUACUAUUGAUUUAAACCAUUCUUCAGAUAUAGAACGACUUCAAUUACCAACAAAUACUAAUAAUUUACCAAUAAAAGGAAUUUCUUCUGCAAUACAUCGUUCAUCAAUCAAUUCAAACGAAGGUAGUUCAGAAACAAAACAAUAUCUUAAUGAUAUUGAUACACAAAUGGCAGCAAAAACACCGCCACCACCACCAACACCAAAAACACCACCACCAACUAUUGAACGAACAGAACCAUUGAAAGAACAAACAAUAAUCAAUAAUAAUAAAGAUAAAAUUAUUGAUCCUCUUACAACAAUAGAAAAUAAACAACCUAUAACAGAAAAAAAACCUGAAUUAGAAGUCGUAGAUAAUCGUAAACGUAUAAAAAAAGGUGCCUUUGAUACUGAAUCAAUGAGUGACAUGAUCGCAUUUGAAUUAGGAGUUAUGGGUAAUAGUCGUAGUGCAAUGAAAAAAUCAAAAUCUCGUUUAGGAAAAGAAAAUCAACAUGAUGAUGAAACAAAAACAAUUCCUGAAAAUCAAGAAACACUUGAUUUAUUAGAAAAAUUUCGACAAAGUGCAACUGGUUUAUCGAUUGGUCAACUACCUAUAUCACAACAAGGUUGCCGUUUUGAACUACCAUAUGAUUUAAAAUUACUUGAAACUUUAACACCACUUGAUUAUCUUGGUAAAUAUUGUCGUUUGUCAUCACGUCGAAAUUAUCAAUUUAAACGUGUCUUUGAUAAAUAUCGUAAUAAUCAAUAUCGUUUUGAAUCAAAUAAUUUAUAUACAUCAAUUACAGAUAUACAUAAAGAAAAGUUUACAAGCUCACAAUACGAUAAGUUAUGUCAAUUAAUAAAUAUUGGAAAUGAACAACAUCAAUUUACAUUUGAUACAUUUGCUGGAAUAUUAGCAUUAUGUGAACGAAUUUUAUACGAUUCAAAAGCACCUCCUACUGGUGUUGAUGAACAAGAUUUAGUAAAAGAUACAUUAGAAAAAUGUGAUUUCGAUUGUUUAGAUCGAAAACUUGAUGGACUUAUUAUUAGUGAGACAAUGAGAAAAUUAUUAAAAAUACUUUAA